CAUCUCCUGAGACCCUCCUGGUGUUAGAUUUGGGGCCUUGGAUGAAGAAAUCUGGACUAAAAUGGCGGUGAACUUGAGUAAGAACGGCGCCGCUCUCAUGGCCGCCUACAAAGAGGUGGUGGACGGCAGGUCGGACACAAACUGGGCGCUCUUCACAUAUGAGGGGAACAGUAAUGACAUCCGCCUGGCAGAGAAAGGAGAGGGUGGGCUGGAGGAGAUGGUGGAGGAGCUGAACAGUGGAAAGGUGAUGUACGCUUUCUGUCGAGUUCAGGACCCCAACUCCGGUCUGCCCAAAUACGUCCUGGUAAACUGGACAGGUGAAGGUGUGAAAGACUCCAGAAAAGGAAUCUGUGCCAACCACGUGAGCUCCAUGGCUAACUUCCUCAAGGGAGCUCACGUGACGAUAAACGCUCGUGGAGAAGAAGACGUGGAACCUGAGAGCAUCCUGGCUAAAGUGGCGAAGGCGUCCGGAGCCAACUUCAACUUCCACAAACAGACGCAGGGAUACAAAGAGGCUCCACGGGGACCAGUGGGCUCUGUGUAUCGAAAAGUCAACGCCGUGGAGGAAAUUCAACAAACCAAAAAAGAUGACUUCUGGUCCAAAGCUCAGAGGGACGAGGAGGAGCGGCGGCAGGAGGAGAGCGAGCGGGCGGAGCUGGAGAGGCAGCAGAGAGAGAGGGAGAGGAUGGAGCUGGAGAAGAAGCUGGCGAAGGAGAGGGAGAGGAAGGCGACGGAGAGAGCUCUGCAGAUCGAACAGAACCAGCUUUAUCAGAGGCAGAGGGAGGAAGAGGAGGAGCGAGAGAGGGAGCAGCAGAGACAGAACCAGCAGGAAAAAGAAAACAUAAAGACGGGAAUCAACUCUGCAGCAUCUGUGCAGAAAGCUAACGAGGCGAAGACGCUGAUUUCUCAGAGGUCGUUUAAUCCCAGAGACAUCUUUAAGCAGAGGGAGCAGAGCUUUGAGGCCAAGGACAGACCGUCUCCUGCUGCGUCCAGACCAGGGAAGCUGCAGAGUCCCUUUUUCAACCAGAAAUCCUUUGAGAACGAGUCUCCGGUGAGAUCGUGGUCUCCUCCAGCCCCGGCAGCGGUCCCCGUCCUCCCCAUGUCCCCUCCGUCUCCGGCUGAGCCGUCCUCACCUGUGCGGUCCGAGUCACCUGCUCGGUCGUACUCACCUACUCCAGGAGCGAUCAGGGUCCUUCCGAUGAGCCCCUCGUCUCCAGUCCCACCCGCAUCACCUGAGCUGUCUCACUCUCCCACUCCAGCAGGGGUCAGGGUCCUCCCGGUGACCCCGCAGUCUCCAGAAGCACCUGCGUCACCUGUGCUGUCUUACUCACCUACUCCAGCAGGGGUCCGGGUCCUCCCGGUGUCCCCCCAGUCUCCAUUUGGGCCUGCCUCACCUGAGCCGUCCCACUCAGCUGUUUCCCCGACACCGCCGGCAGGUGUUUACGCAGAGGAGGAGUGGUCUGAUGAGUUUGAUGAUGAUGCAGAUGAAGCUCCUUCAGCGGAAACUCCAUCUCAGGAUGAUCUGUACGAGGCGCCACAGUCAGCUGUGGCAGAUGAGGACCUGUAUGAAGACGUGUACCAGGGCCCGCCUGCUGCUGAUGGACCAGACAUCCGGGCCAGAGCCAUAUACGACUACCAGGCUGCUGACGACACCGAGAUAACCUUUGACCCUGAUGACAUCAUAACGGGGAUAGAGAUGGUGGACGAGGGCUGGUGGAGAGGGUACGGACCAGACGGACACUACGGCAUGUUCCCUGCUAACUAUGUGGAGCUCCUCUAGCCUUCAUCGUUAGAUUUCUUUAAACUGUAAACAGGAAGUAAAAAAUAUUUUACAUUAAACUGUUUGACUUUACAGUUUUACUCAUACAGUUUUCUUGUUUUCUAGUUGAUUUUUGUCAAA